AUGACUGACCCCACGGGCGGCCGUGGUGCUCUCGACUGGCUCGGCAUUGCGGACCGCUGCUUGGCAGCGUGCACCUCGAAGGAAUGGUCGCAAGCGUCUCAAUCUGCGGCGCUCUGGCAGCACUGGACCUUCCACAUGGACGGCACGCGCGUGUUUGACCCUUAUAAUUUCGGUUGGCGGGAAGCUACAAAUCGUAUGCCGCACCACGGCCAGCGCGCGAAUCUUCUAAGACUCACGGACCUGCCGCGUCUCUCGCCGAUGCUACUCGCACGGCUCCAAAGGCACACGACGUGUGUCGUGAUGGACUUCCACCAGUGGGCAUUCGCCGAACAAUUCGUGCCCGAAUCGCCCACGGCAGAAGAGAGACUGCUUCUCGAGGCCUGGCGCGUCUUCUCUGGGCUGGACUUUCCGCGGCUCCAGCGAGUCCAGUUCUCUUUCGACAUUCGAGGGAGGCCGCAAAAUUUCGAUUUUGGCGACGCGGCGCUGCCAUUGCCUCCGCCGCAGUCUCCAGUACCGUUUCCAUUUGCACGAAACUUCGCGCCGCUACUCGCGGCGAAGACGCUCGUCGUGGACCGCUUGCCGGGCCUCGGACAGUCGCGUUUUCACGACGGAAUAAUAGAGCCAUAUCAUCUCUCGCUGGAAAGCAUCCUGCGCGUGUUCAAGGCCGUCGAAAAUUUCUCAAUGCUAGAGGCAUUUGAUUCUCCCAUCGGCGCAGCUCGAUAUGGAGAGGAGCGAGAGCAACGGCCGGCGCUCUCGCACGUGUCUCAAGUAGUUGGCGUCGAUCUGCUGCAACAGUUCACGUCGGUCGGCUGGAUUUGCUGGGGCGCGUUGAAGGUGCAAAUGCAGCAGCCCGCCUCGAUGAAUAAUCUGGUGUCGCUCGGGAUUUCGAUCGAUGCUGGUACUGGAGAACUCUUCGAGGAAAUAUUCAAAGGGCUUCAGCGGUUCGCGCCGUCCUUGGAAUUUCUAGCCAUCGAGGCCGACCGCCUGGACCACACUUGCUGGCCCAUUGGGUAUGAAGAUUUCGAGGAGGUGCCGACGACCGUGAGGCACCUGGUCCUCGGCUUCGAUCCAGCCCACUUCCAUGUGGAUCUGGAUCCGAGCCUUCUCUGUGAGAAUCUCCCGGACUCUUGUACCCUCCACAUGCAGGCAGCGGAAAACCCGCCUCGCGGAAAGACCUGGGCUGAUGUAUGGAAAAGGCCGCCGUCCUACUCAGAAGACCCGGAGGCCGCCUUGCGACCGCCGCCGCGCCCGAAACGGGGUUGGCAAACGCUCCCGUAUUCCGUGGACCUCCGCGACCAGUUCAUCCCGCCGGACAGCUUCUUUUCGUGUCGCGGCCAGCUCUCGGCCGACGAACUCGCGGAGCGCCGCCGCAGACGUGAAGAGGAGGACUACUAGUCGC